AUGAAACUUACAGAUAAAGAAAUUGAGAAACUAUUGAGUAACCUGCCAGUUGAUGCUGAUGGGAAGGUUGACCUCAAUGAAGUUAUGGAUAAUGCAAAAACUAUUCAAGAAAACAUUGAUGUUCAAAACCUGGAAGACUUUCUGAAGGACAUGGGGAUGAGACUCACAAAGGAUGAACAGGAAGAUCUCCUAAAACACCUUCCAGUUGGUGCCAAUGAAAAGGUGAAUAAGAAGAAUAUAAUGAAUGCUAUGCAGAACCUCAGUAGUGCCAAUGAAAAGGUGAAUAAGAAGAAUAUAAUGAAUGCUAUGCAGAAUAUCAGUGGAGGGAAUGUUGAUGUUAACAAACUGGACCAGGUUCUGGGAAAUCUGGGGAUCAAACUCACAGAUAAAGAAAUUGAGGAGCUAUUGAGUAACCUGCCAGUUGAUGAUGGUGGAAAGGUUGACCUCAAAGAAGUUAUCGAUAAUGCAAAAACUAUUCAAGGUGAGUAA